UUCAACCCUCUCAAAGUCAGUCUCAUCACCUAACUAACACACACGCACGCAGGGCAGCAGACCAACCCGGCGAAAUUAAGAUGGCAGCCGCAGCGGAGGCCUUCCCAAUCGAGUUCACGAAGGGGAUACGGUCCUACUGGCGAAGCCGCAAGUACCAGCGCGUGGACGGCAGCGCGGCGGGCCGCGGCACAGCGAGCAACCUGGUGCGGCUCGGGGGCGGAAGCGGAAGCGAAAACGGUGGCGGGGCGUGGGCCGUGCGGCUAGGCGGCAUGUUCCGCGCGCGCGUCAAGGCGGCGCCUGCUGCGACGACCACCACCACCACCGUGGCGAAGGUACCCGCGCGCGUGCUGGGGCGGAUACGGGACGCGUACGUGGACGCCAUGGUCGGCGUGGCCAAGAGGCAGUCGGCCGCGGCGCCGUCGCAGCCGGGCGGGACGGAGUCGCUGUGGCAGAAGCGCGUGCCGGUGCGCCGGUCGCGCGGCCAGAAUAAGAAGCAGCUGCGGCAGAAGGCGGACGAGCUCGGGCAGAGGCUCGUCAUGGAGAUGUACAAGUCCGUCCUCGCGUCGAGGGACCUCUCCGGCAUGCUCCAGGCGUCAACGGCGCGAUAAUAGGCAUGAUGCAAACACAGUACACACACAUCAUGCAAGAAAUGAUGCAUCCGCGGUCCGCGCAAGCUUAACGUGGACUAUUAACGGUUGUACAUAUGUCUGUGACAUAUAUAAGGGCGCGAUAAUACAUGGCGGCUCGGGUAGACUGUUAGACACUCACGACGUCUAUUACGCACCCUGGAUGGCUGGAUAGUAGUGUUCCUUACGUUUGCUGUUUGCUUCUGGUUAAUCUCUGUUCAGUAAUCCUUUUGUUUCUAAAUCCAAUAGUUAACCAUGGUUGGCGAUGGCGUGCUA